AUGUGCUUCCAGCUUAUUCAUAACCGCUCGCGGUUCCUAGACAAGCAAAUCAUUAAGCUUCAGGAGUCACCUGAUGACAUGCCAGCUGGUCAGACACCUAACAAUAUCACCGUUUACGCUCACGGCCAUCUCGUAGAAUCAGUGCAGCCGGGAGACCGCGUGACACUCACUGGAAUCUUCCGUGUUCAUGCUGUCAAGGUUAACCCUCGUGAGGAAGAGUUAAUGGCUAUUUAUCGUACUAACAUCGACGCGGUGCACUUCAGAAAAACUGACUCUUCUCGUCUUCAUCAAGAUAAUGGUGAAUCGCUAACUGAUGAACGUAUAGAGCAGAUCCGAAACCUAUCGAAACGAGCUGAUAUAGUUGAAGCCCUCAGCCACGCCAUAGCUCCCUCAAUCUAUGAACACAAUGACGUAAAGAAGGGUAUUUUGUGCUUACUUUUCGGUGGUACUGCAAAAGAUGAUGAAAAUAGUCACAAGACGAAAUUUAGGAGUGAGAUUAACGUCCUCCUUUGCGGAGACCCUGGAACUUCCAAGUCUCAGCUUUUGCAGUACGUUUACCGCAUUUUGCCGAGAAGUCAGUACACCAGUGGGAAGGGUUCAUCUGCAGUUGGCUUGACCGCUUCGAUAGCACGAGAUCCUGAUACACAUCAAAUGGUCCUUCAAACAGGAGCUUUGGUUCUUUGUGACAAUGGCGUCUGCUGCAUUGACGAGUUCGAUAAAAUGAACGACGCAACAAGAAGCGUUCUUCAUGAGGUCAUGGAGCAGCAGACUCUGUCCAUUGCCAAAGCUGGAAUUAUUUGUCAACUCAAUGCUAGAGCUUCCAUCCUCGCUGCAGCGAAUCCGGUGGAUUCUAAAUGGAAUCGAGACAAGACAAUAGUGGACAAUAUUCAACUUCCCCACACUCUUUUAUCAAGGUUAGAUGUCAUGGAGCAGCAGACUCUGUCCAUUGCCAAAGCUGGAAUUAUUUGUCAACUCAAUGCUAGAGCUUCCAUCCUCGCUGCAGCGAAUCCGGUGGAUUCUAAAUGGAAUCGAGACAAGACAAUAGUGGACAAUAUUCAACUUCCCCACACUCUUUUAUCAAGAUUCGAUCUCAUAUUCCUGCUGGUCGACCCCCAGGAUGAAGGAUACGAUCGACGCCUAGCCAAUCAUCUGGUCUCUCUUUACUACAAGGACAAAGCCGAAGCACAAGCAGAACAGCUCGAUAUGGCUUUGCUCAGAGAUUACAUUGCCUAUGCGAAGGCGAGUGUUCAUCCGAAACUGACCGAUGAUUGCUCUCAGUUCAUCAUUGACAAGUAUUUGUUCAUGAGAAAGGCUGGAGCCCAGCAUGGACAGAUUUCUGCCUAUCCGCGUCAACUCGAAUCUUUAAUCAGACUUUCUGAAGCUCAUGCGAAGAUUCGCCUUUCGGACACAGUGACAAUCCAAGACGUUGAAUAUGCCUAUAACUUGUAUCGUGAAGCUUUGAAGCAGUCUGCUGUUGAUCCAGUUACUGGGAAGGUAGAUAUUAAUAUCUUGGCAGCUGGUGCAAGUGCAUCCAGCAGAAAAAUGGUUCAACAGGUGGCUGAUGCUAUAGCUGGGCAUUUGGAUAGCACAAAGGGAGUAAAUAUCUCGGUGAAGAAUCUCUUCAUGGCCUUAAGGGAAACUGAUAAGAUGCUCAAUCGCGACAUAUUCGAUGACGCAUUGAAUGAAUUAGCGAAGAAGGAGAUGAUCGUGAGAAUUGGUGAAAGAAUUCGUUAUCUACCACUAAAGACUGUUUGA